ACUUACCGACGUGGAAAGUUCAAAAACCGCCAAAAUGUGUAGUUGUAACAUAAACAAUAAAAAUUAAAUAAUUGAGUUUACUUUGCAAAUAAACACAUUUUUUUCAUUAUUAAUUAAUAAUUCUUUUAUUAGUAUUAUUAAAAUGGAUGAAAACACUACCAACAGAUCUUCUGAAAAUGUAAUAGGCGAAUUUACCCUUGAAGAUACCUACGAUCAUCUUAAAGAAGUUCAACAAGAGUUACAUGAGCAAAUGGACGAAUUGCUCAAUAUUUGUACUAAUAAUCAAGUUGAAACUUUAACUGCCGAUUCAACUCCAAAAGAUGUCCAAUUGAAACAGAGCAGGAUGCUCCAAAGCUUACUAAAUAAUCCUUGUGAUUACGAUCAUAAAAGUCAGCCUAUUGCUCAUACGAAGGACUCAUAUGCGUUGACUGUUUGGGAAUUAGAGCAAGAAGUUGCUCGUAUGGAGGACGUUGUCAAAGAUCUUUCAGAAAGUUUAAAUAAAUCGAAAAAUAAUAUUACCUAUUUAGAAAAUCGAAUAAGCACGAUAGAUAGAAUGAAAGAAAUUUGUUUAGAUGCAACUGAAAAUGUUACAAAUACAACCUACGAUGCUGAAAUGAAAAUUGCUAAAGAAAUGUUUUCUUCAGUUAAACAUGAUUUGGCAUCUGUAGUAGAUAUGGUAUUACCUGAUAAUGAUGGGUUUAAUGAGUUACUUGCAAAACUCACGAAAGCUCAUGCAAAAGGCGGUGAUAAUGUUUACAUCGAUGUAGACCCUUACUUUUUAGACUGUAUAGAAUUUUUGAUCGAAGCUGACAUCGUGACCUAUCACCGAAAUGAUAAAAACAAAAUAAGGCUGAUGGAUCUCGUGUGAGAGAAAAUUGUUGAAAGAAGAUUAUCAAAAAAGUUCAACAAAUAUAUAUCAAGAAUAAAUAUUCUUUCAAUCAUUAUUAACAAUUCUAAUUAUACCUUUAUGAAAUACUUUUCUUCAUUCGAGAAAAUUCAUCACGUUUUUACAUAGUUUUUUCUUGAAUUCUGACAUUGUAAUUAAAUUAAUUAAUUAGAUCUUGAAAAAUUAUUGCCACCACAUAAAAGGUGCUCGUUCUCGUAAAACUCUAACACCAAAACGUUCCCAUUCUUCUUGAGUUAUCCAAAGCUCUUGUGCUGAUUCUAAACAGCUAAGAAUUGCUGCACCUUUCCAUGAAGUCAUACCUGGGUCCAUUUCUUUUGGCUGUGUAAUUAUGUCCAAUUGUUCUAAAAUAAUGUAUAGAAUUAGAUAUAUUUUUUAAUAAAGCUUUACUACAAAAUAAAAA